AUGAAUAACUUAGCGUUGAAAUCGUAUACAGAAAAUAAUAUGCUGCCUGAUGAACUGACAGUAUCAGAAUACUUAUUCCAUAGAUUGAAGCAGUUAAAUGUCAACACUAUUUUUGGGUUACCUGGUGAAUUUAAUAUGUCCUUAUUAGAUAAACUUUACAAUGUUGAAGGUAUGCGUUGGGCAGGUAAUGCUAAUGAAUUAAAUGCGUCGUAUGCGGCUGAUGGCUAUUCAAGAUUAAAGAAGUUAGGUUGUUUAAUGACAACAUUUGGUGUUGGCGAAUUAUCUGUGAUCAAUGGUAUUGCAGGAUCAUUUUCUGAAAAUGUAGGUAUUAUCCAUAUCGUAGGUAUGCCUCCAAUACAAAUACAAAGGUCUCAGCUACUUAUGCACCAUACAUUAGGUAAUGGUGACUACAAUAUUUUCCAUAGAUUAUCAGAUGACAUUUACUGUUACUCUGCUGUUGUUACUCACCCUAAUUUAUGUAUCCAAGAAAUUGACAAAUGUCUUUCUAAGGCAUGGCUUUCUCAAAAACCUGUUUAUUUGGGACUACCAGAAAAUUUGGUCUCUGUAAAGGUAAAAUCAACUUUGUUAAAUACACCUCUAGAUUUGAAAUUACCAAACAAUGAUAAAGAUAAUGAAAACAUUGCAAUCGAUCAAAUUUUAAAGAAGAUAUAUUCUGCUAAAAACCCUGCCAUAAUCGCAGAUGCAUGCGUAACUAGACAUAGUGUAGAGAAAGAAACUCAGAUGUUAAUCGAGAAAACAAAGUUUCCUUAUUUUGUUACUCCCAUGGGUAAAGGUGGGGUGGAUGAAUACUCUAAACAAUUUGGUGGUGUUUUUGUAGGAUCAAUUUCAUCUGCAAAGGUAAGAGAAAUUGUUGAUUUUGCAGAUUUAAUAAUAGUUAUAGGAAAUUUACAAAGUGAUUUCAAGACAACAUCAUUUCACUUUACAUAUAAAACAAAAGACAUUGUUAUGAUAUCAUCAUCAUGCGUUAAACUGAAAAAUGGCCUGUAUCCUGAACUUCACAUAAAAGAGUUUUUAGGUAAAUUGGUAGACAAUAUUGUCACAACCAAGAUAACUUAUAAGCCUAUCAUAAGUCCUAUAAUGAACAUUCCUAAUAAUAUAACAUCAGAGGAAAGUUUUGAAAGUUUAACAAAUUAUUCAAAGACACCAGAUAAAAACGAUUCUAACGUAAAUAAAACCCUUUUAAAGCAAGAAUGGGUUUGGAAUGAGUUUUCCCUUUGGUUUAGAGAGGGUGAUAUAAUUAUAACAGAAACCGGUACAUCUGCAUUUGGAAUCAACCAGACUAAAUUUCCAAACCGCACGAUUGGUAUUUCACAGACUUUAUGGGGUUCGACGGGCUAUUCAGUUGGUGCAUGUUUAGGAGCUUCUUUUGCAGCGGAGGAAAUACAUCAAAGUAAUCCCAAUAUCGAAAAACCCCGUGUAAUUCUGUUCGUUGGUGACGGUGCCUUUCAACUAACUAUGCAAGAGCUAUCUACGAUGGUAAAAUGGAACUUAGACCCUUACAUUUUUUUGAUGAAUAAUCAAGGUUAUUCAGUUGAUAGAUUUUUGACCCACCAGAGUAGAAGGAAUAAUAGCAAUGCUAACAACAUUUUAAAGAGUAAUAAUAACAAUGAUUAUUUCGAUAUUCAAUUAUGGGACUAUUUAAAUUUAUUCAACCUUUUCAAUGCUAUGAAUUAUGAGACCUACAAGGUUUUAAGCUGCAAUGAUUUACUAAAGAUCUUAAAUUCCAAAAGUUUUUCCAAUGAACACAGGAUAAGAAUGGUAGAAAUUAUUUUACCACCCAUGGAUGUUCCAAAAUCUUUAAUGGAAAGAUGGGUGCAAGAGCAAGAAGAGAAGAAAAGGAAAUUCGACAUAAUAAACAACAAUCAUAGUUCCGAGGAUGAUUGUCACGAUGAUGAAAGUUACGGUAACGGCAAUAAUUAUAACGGUAACAUAACUGAAAUGGUUCUCAAGAAAAGAAACACCAUUACUGCCAAUAAUUCAGAUUUUUACUUGACCUCAUCAGCAUCGCCAUCGACUGCGUACUCAUCGCCUUUUUCACUCAAGUGA